ACCUGCAGGAGCUCAGGUCUCACCUGGCUGGAGGCAGGAGAGCCCCGGGAGCAGGAAAGAGCCGAGAACUUGCAGAGCUUUUGGCACCCGAGGCCGGGAUUUGGCAGCAGGUAGAGGAAGGAGCUGCAGGGCAAGGAAAUAUUUCAGGGUGAGCUGGCCGCUGAGUCACCGGGCAGCUCCAGCACUGCUUCGUGCUGCCCACUCCGUGAGGGGAACUCGGCAGGUGCUGGACGACAGCUUCCCCCCACCCCCGGCUGGUGCAGCCCCAGGAUGGCACCCAGAAGGUUGCUGGCCGGGAGUGUGGCUGUUCUCUUGCUGGGGCUGUUGGAAGUGGAAGGCAGGUGUUUCUUCAAUCGCACCGAGGAGCACUGUGUGUGCUACAACCUGACCCAGGAAACUGUAGGCAGCAUCAUCCAGUGCCUCCCAGCCUCUGUCGUGGAAUUCCGGGGGGGAGAGCUGGAGAGAUACGUAGCCUUCCCCAUCACUGGCCUGGAUUCUUCCACCAUUGAAACGCUGGGCUCCCUUGUCAUCAGGAAAAUAGUUUUUGCUGAUCUCCUCGUGCCUGAGAUACUCCUCGCUCGAGUCCUGAGGUUCUUCUCCUACACCCAAGUGCAGGAGCUGGAGUUUGAGAACUGCAUUUUCAAGGGCAGAGGCAACUGGGAUGACAUGGCCGGCCAGGGCUUGCCCAUAUUGUCCCUGCACUUCCACAAUGUGACAGCUGCCCCGCUGACGGGCCGCCAGCAGGACUUCUCCAGUCUGAGCAGCUGGCUGGAGACCCUGCAGGAGCUGGCUGUCACUGGGUGCCACCUCACCAGCCUGCCCUGUGCCAUCGGGAGGGAGUUCAGAGCCCUGCGCUCCCUGGACAUGGCACAAAACAGCCUUGGGGAUGAGAGCCUGAUGCCUGCCUUCUGCCAGGGGGCUUUCCCGCAGCUCCAGGUCCUGAUUCUGCAGAGCAACAACCUGACAUCCCACCACAGUGUGUGUGAAAGCGUGCAGCUGCUGCCUGAGCUCCAGCAUCUAGAUCUCAGCCAGAACAAGCUCGUGGCAGACCCGUCCUCCUCCUGCCAGUGGCCUGUGUCCCUCCGAAUUUUCAACUUGUCCAACACUGGCUUGGAUGAAGCCCUCACACCUCUGCCUCCCCGUCUAGAAGUGCUGGAUAUGAGCUGCAACCACCUUCGUGCCGUCGACAUCUCCCUCAGCUCCCUGAAGAAGCUCUUCCUCAGCCAAAACCUGCUGCAGGCUGCCCCCUCCAUCAGGAACUGCCCCGCGCUGGACACCCUGCACCUCAACAACAACUCGAUUGCGGAGCUGCCGUGGGCUGAGCUGAAGCUCCUGGGGCACCUGCGGGACGUGGCUGCUGCUGGCAACCCCUGCAGCUGCUCCUGCUCCGGGGCCGGGGGGCUGCAGGCUCUGGCGGCCACGGGACGGCUUGGGCAGGGCUGGCCCGAGGGCUACAGGUGCCACUCGCCUCCGGGCUACCGGGGCUGGCUGGUGCGGGACGUGCCGGUGCUGCAGUGCAACAGCGCUGCGGUGAUCGCCCCCGUCAGCAUCGCCCUCGCCCUGCUCGCCCUGGCCGGGGCUGUUUGCCUGCUCAGGGCCAGACCCGGGCUCCUCCGGCGCUGCCGCGGGGGGUGAAGGGGAAGUGUGACCCGUCCCCGUGUGCCCCUUCCCACCCGCAAUUCCCCCACGCGGGGCUGCGAGGCCGGGAGCUCCGCAAAGACUCACAGGACCACCAGGGGCUCCCUGGUGUCCCCACUCAGGACUCCCCCGUGGAGCAGCAGCGUCCCCAGCAUUAUCCCACAGCGGCUGCACCUUUGCCUGUCCAAGUUCUGGGGGAAACCCCCUUGCCGUGCUCUGACCCGGGGCUGCACCCUCCCGGGCUGGGGUUUCUUCUGCCCAGCUCUCCCCAAGCCCCACCCUGCACCCGCUGCCCUGCCACAUCGUCUGCCCCGAGCAAGAGGAGGUCAUCCCAUCUGCACCCCUGCAGGUGCUCAGAUGCCCCAAGCCUCACCGGGGUCUGGUUCUUCCCCCAAAAAAGCCCACCUCCCCCCCCAGCCUUGUAGCCCCCUACCCCCCAUCCCCCAUGGCCCCUCUGCUCCCCCUCCACGGCCCCUCAGCUGGGCCAUGACCUGAGGGUGUCUGGUUUGUGAGGGUGGCUGCAGAACUGCCACUCAAAGGACAGGGAAAGGAAUAAAUGUGCUGAUUUGGUUUGGUGGGUUUUUAGGUAGCCAGGGAAGGGCCCCAGGUGGCUCCCGUAAGAAGCUGAGAAGCUCCCCCUGCUCCAAACCCAGCCAAGGAGCCAUUAGAGGGACAAUAGAUGCAUCCCUGCCAAUAACAUAGGAAAGAACAGCUAUAACACCUGAGCAGAGAGGCACUUGAGGGAGAGGAGCUGAGCUGGAGAGGCAGAAGGUGCUGGUGGUUGGUGAGGAAGGAGGGGAAGGAGGUGCCCGAGCAGAAGUUUCCCUGCAGCCCAUGGUGAGAUGGCAGCUGUGCCCCUGCACUCCUGGAGGAACGUGGUGGGACAUUCCCUGGGGGCACGAGGAGGGAUUGAACUUGGCCAGUGGGCUUGGAUUUUGUGGCCAGUGGGCUGGGAUGGUGCAGCUGUGGAAGCCCCCGGGCAGGGGAGGUGCCUGUUCCCGAAGCCCCCGUGACUCUGCGGGCAGCGCUGGAGCAGCUCCUGGGCUGGUGGGAAGGGCUGAUGGAGCAGAGGUUGGUGGAGGACUCUGCCAUGGGAGGGACCCCGUGGGGAAGCAGGGCAGGACUGUGAGGAAUCCUUCUCCCUGAGGAGGAAGGAGCAGCAGGAACCACCAGCCUGUGAACUGACUCUAAACCCCAUCCCCCUGUGCCUGGGGGGAAGGAGGGAGAGAAAUGGGG